CUAUUUGCUUUAGCCAAUUAUUUCCCCCAUGUCGCGACAUCUGCACACACAUCCCGAAAAAGCAUCAAUGAAUGAGCGCAAACAGUCGAGGCAGCUCCCAAAUGUCGCGGCAGCUCAGGGUGCCACCGGAAGUGCCACUGCUAGCUGCCGCGCGCGAUUUGCUCUUGCUCUAUUAGCAAGCUUUUCAAGAAUCAGCAUUGUUUUUUUAAAGUAUAAUCAUAACAUAGACAUAUCAUCACAUCAUUUAAUUACGUUUGUUUGGAAGCACCUUAGCCCUGAAAGGUCGCUAUUAUCAUGUUAAAUUAUAGAUUUUUAACGUUUCGCACAUGCGCAGAAUGAAUCGGGCAGGUGGACGUAUUCGCAUCGAUCCCAAGCAUCCACGCUUCCCGCUGCUCUACUGAACUGCAAGGAAAAUGACAAAGCGAAAAUUCAGGCGUUGCCCUGCUUGCCAGGUCGAGAACCAGGCCAUCAGGAAGUGCUGCAGCUCCUGCUAUGCAAGCCUCAGCAAGAGUAAAAAGAUGGAGGCCCUCAAAGACCGCCUGGAUAAUGAGUGGGGGCAGGGGGUCUGGAAAAACUGGAAUGCGGCACGAGUGGUUUCUUCUGCCCAAAUUGCAGUGCAGAAACUUGCUUCCUUGGGCUAUAUGCCCAUUUUAUUUAUGGGCAGAAAGAAAAAUAAUCCGUUGAUCGCCGAUAUAAGUGCUGGAAUGCCACUAAAUGAUGACACACGACCUUUUAUUGACACCAUGAAGAAGGCUUAUGAGUAUUUACUUAAAAAGCAAGGACCCCAGAUGUCUCAGACCCAGCCUGACCAGCAGAUCCAAUCCCCGACCCAGUCUGACCAGCAGAUCCAGACCCUGACCCAGCAGAUCCAAACCCCGACCCAGCCUGACCAGCAGAUCCAGACCCAGCCUGACCAGCAGAUCCAGACCCCGAUCCAGCAGAUCCAGACCCCGACCCAGCCUGACCAGCAGAUCCAGACCCAGCCUGACUGGCAGAUCCAGACCCAGCCUGACUGGCAGAUCCAGACCCCGACCCAGCCUGACCGGCAGAUCCAGACCCAGCCUGAAGCUCAACAGAUUGAUGAUGGUGUCGUCCUCAACCUCUACUUUUUGCCCUCUCCACCCCAUCCCCAGACUCACCCUGAAGCUCAACAGCUCCAGGUCCAGCCACAGCCUCAGCAAAUUCAGCCGCUGACUGCCAAACCAAACCCCAAAAAAAGAAAAAAGGGGUGCCGAAAAUGCAGCAGGCAAAAAGUGUGGCAAUACGACUCUAUCAUUGACAAAAGAAUGACAGAGGAUAAGGCUGAAGUAAAGGUGCGCUGGUUGCCUUGUUCUCAUUGUGGCAAAGCCUGGGAGGACACGUGGGAGCCGCCAGCCAGUUCCUGAGCUUAGCACAGGACUCUACAGCAGUGACCUGAAGUUUAAAAGAAUAUAAAUAAAACAAUUAUACACACACACGGACCCAUGUAUAGGUAUGUUUCAGUUAAAUUUCCCCUAGUUUUUUUCAGGUUCUUCCUCUUGAAAUCAUUAUGCAUGCCUGAAAAUACAUAUAUAGAGAGAACUAAUAAUAUUCUUGACACAUUAAAUUCAUAUUCAGUGUUCUAUAGCAUUUCUAAUUGUUCAUAUGUAUUGAUUAUUAUCAAACGUUUUACCUCUGAGCUGUCAUUGCACGCCAUAAACCACAAACCUGAUGACUUUGACACUUAAAUUAGGACAUUCAGUAUACACAUGCAAUGUGCUGAUUUUAGUGUGUGUUCAACUUAUUCUGUGUCUGAUUGCUGUAUAUUUGUUCAUAUUUGUUGUUUGUCUUUACUGUCUUUCAAAUGGCACUAAAUUUGUCUCCACCUCAAUUUGUUGGACUUGUGCAAUGAGAUAUUCUAUUUCUGACUUUGGUUCUAAUAAAACACUGUUAAUUAUGUCUUGAAAAUUUGGCUAUUCUCUCUGUUUUCAAACUCUGCGCCAACAUUAUUUUCACAUAUCAAUAAAUAGUGUCCCUCUGGGUGUCAGAGGGGAAGGAAUAUGGACGCUUGGACAAGACCCCAUGCGUAAUUACAGCUUGGAUCAAAUAUGCCCAAGACAUCUGUUGGACCAGGACAUGGACUCUGCCCAGUAAAUUCCUGCUUGUCAACAAAGUUAAAGAGGUUUCUUUUAAAAGUAUCCAUCGCUGCUAUCCUGUUAAAUCUUUAUUAGUUAAAUUCAGAAAAGAUAUUGAUGAAAUCUCUAUUGAAAUGUACUUUCUCUUUAACACAUA